GCCAUGAGCUUUUACGACGCGUUUCGCGGCUUCUUCGGGUUCCCGGGGCGGCGCAGGCCCCGGGACCCGCUCUUCGGCGGCGCGGCGUGGGACGAGGAGGAGGAGGAGGAUGAUGACGGCCCGUCCCUGGCGCAGCCCCCCCAGGACUUCGCCUUCGGCUUCGGCUUCAGCCCCGGCGGGUCCCGCGGUGCCUUCGAGGAGCUGUUCCGGGACGUGGGCGAGCUCCUGGGUGUCUUCGGGGGGGCCUGGGCCGGGCCCCCGCAGCCCUUCGAGCCCCCCCUGCCCGCCCCCGGCGAGGGCAACGCGAGGCGACCGCUGCGGGACUCCAUGCUGAAGGAGCCGGACAGCCCCGCUCCCAGCGCGUCCCCGGGAGGCCCCGGGUGCGCCAGUGACCCGGCCCGGCCCUGGAGGCCCUUCCUGGGGCUGGAAGAUGCUCCCGUGGCUCCUCCUGGCCCCAAGGAAGACCAAGACCUGGACUCCCAGGUCUCCUCCGCGGGGUUGGGGACCAUCCUGAGACCUGACGAGCCCAAGUCCCACUCUUACUUCCAGAGCGUCUCCGUCACCAAAGUGACUCUCCCUGAUGGGGCGGUGGAGGAGCGCCGGACCGUGCAGGACAGCCAGGGCCACCGGGAGACGACGGUGACCCGCCGGAGGGGGGACCAGGCCUUCAUCACCACCACCAAGGAGGACGGGCAGAGCAAGGACUACCGGGAGGAGGUGGUCAACAUGGAUGACCGGGAGCUGGCGCAGUUUGCAGGCACGUGGCCGCGGCAAGACGAGCUCCGCGCUCCCAACCUGAGUGAUGCCUCGUCUGCGCUAGGCAGCUUCUUCCGACGCUGGUUCUCGAGCUGGUAGCUGUGCCCCUGCCCCGGCUGAGCACCCCAUGGAUCAGAUCCUGCUGGAAGCUGAUGCCUGGGCUGGGGUCUGCCUGCCUCCUGGGGCGCUGCGGAGCUGUGGGGACCCCCGUGGGGGCCGAGUGUGUGUGUGCGCGUGUGUACAGAGCAAUAAAGUCUAUUUAUGCUAACAGC